AAAAUGUGAAUGGGAAAUAAGGGCAACGUUUGUAGCUGCUGAGAGCCGAGAGAGAGGAGACUGCACCAUAUACACAGCCAGGGCAAACCAGGAACCUGUCCGCACCGUACACAGCGUACACAGACUGCACAGCCAGGGCAAACCAGGAACCUGUCCGCACCGUACACAGCGUACACAGACUGCACAGCCAGGGCAAACCAGGAACCUGUCCGCACCGUACACAGCGUACACAGACUGCACAGCCAGGGCAAACCAGGAACCUGUCCGCACCGUACACAGCGUACACAGACUGCACAGCCAGGGCAAACCAGGAACCUGUCCGCACCGUACACAGCGUACACAGACUGCACAGCCAGGGCAAACCAGGAACCUGUCCGCACCGUACACAGCGGGUACCCACUGCACUGAUAUACACAGGCAAUCGAGAACACUAUCAUAAGAGUAAAACACAGAGAGUUAAUAUCACUACACAGAGAUAAGAGUAAAGCACAGAGAGUUAAUAUCACUAUAAAGAGAGGGAACAGUACAAUACAGAGACAGGGUAUAUAAGAGCACAAAUUGAGACCAACCAGGGGCACAGAACACCAAUCAGAUAGCACAAGCAAUAGGAAAGAAUAGACCUCAGUAUUAUACAGACACACACACACAGAGAGAGGGCUACACAUUCACCCAGGAAACGGGGACUCUCAGGAAAAAGAAAUAGAAAGGAGAGGCCACCACACCAACAGGGAGUAUACAGCUAGGUCACCCAAAGUAAGAGAGCAGGAACUCCAAACAGAAAGAAACCAAGUGCACAUGAAGAGAGGUUCCCUCACUUGGUAUUAAAUUUGGACUUCAGAGCCUGGACCAGAGAGAAGACAACCCAUGAACAUCUUCAACUCAACUAGCCAAAGUCAAGACAGGCCAAGGAAGAGGGACCUCCAGCCCAAACUGAUCUACCAGGACUUAUACCAGUCUGAACAGCUACAGUAAGAAAGCGCUUGUUACAUUGUUACAACACCCUCUUCCUGCUGCCAGUUACAUCCAGCCUACUCCAAUGGACUCUGUGACAGUCAGGGUAUUUCCUGUCUGCUGAAGACCCAUCUGGGUGUUUAACUAAAACCCUUUUUCUGUAGUCUCCCUUUAACUCCCAGAAGCUUAUAUGAGUGCUGCCUUCCAGCCUCCUCUCAUGAUGAUGCAGCGUCCACUGGGCAGCAGCACAGCCUUCAGCAUAGACUCUCUAAUAGGAAGCCCACCUCAGCCCAGCCCUGGGCACUUUGUGUAUACAGGAUACCCCAUGUUUAUGCCCUACAGACCAGUGGUGUUACCUCCUCCACCACCUCCUCCUCCUUCCCUGUCCCAGGCCACCUUGCAGUCCUCUCACCCCCAUCACCAGAUGCCAAGCCUGCCCAGUGGAUUCUGCUCCAGCCUGGCACAGGGCAUGGCACUCACCUCCACCCUCAUGGCCACCCUUCCAGGUGGAUUCUCAGCUUCACCUCAGCACCAGGAAGCAGCCAGAAAGUUUGGAGCUCAGAGCCUCCAGGGUGGAUUCGAGAAAGGAGACAGUGGGCAAUCAGAUGGAGAGGACAGUGCCAAGACUUAUGUGACCAAAGAGGGGACCUUACUGCCUUUUGCUUCUACAGAAUCAUCUUUAGGUAAGUGUCGAAACGUACAAUCUCUGACAAAUACAUUGUAACAUAGCAUUAUUAAAUGUAUAUGAUAAAACAAAAAACAAACAGAAUAAUGCAAACCUUAUGCAUAAACCCUUAACCUUUUCUGUUUCACCAAAUAACUGUCUGAACUAAAACUGUAUGUUUUUAUAAAACUGAUAAAACUGUGUAUUUAGCAGAAAAUUAGCAUAAUAUAGUGAAUAGAGAAAACACAUAGAUAUUAGAGAUAUUUAAACGAUACUGAAGAUUUAACGAAACUGAAGAUUCUCAAAACUGCGUUCUAAACUCGUUGAAUCCUUAGAAUAAUCAAACCAAAAAUAAAGUUACCCCAUGCUUCAUAUACAAUAACCACAACUAGCUCAUAAAACAAGGCUGUGUGAAUGGAUAAAAAUAAUUUUAAAAAUUAUAUUUUUCAUUGUCAGGUGGGUUGGGUUGGUUCCCAAAGUCUGAAAUAUUUCGACUUUAAAACUUAAAGCGCUUCAAAGACAACAACCCGCUUUAUUAGCUAAACGCAAGUUUUUUGUUUUAAAAAAAAAUCCUUAAAAUAUAAUGUACUAAUGGAUGGUUUUACUAAAAAAAAAAAAAAAAAAGUGAUUUCUGGAAAAAUUCUAUGACAUUAGGAGAGGAAAAUUCCAAAAUUCUAUUCGUUUACAGGAUUCGAAAACAAAGUUCUAACCGUUUUAUUUGCCAUCGCACAAGAAAACAAUGCAUAAGCUCAGAUUCGAUUUGAUUUUCAUGUGCUUUUUGAGUGAUAGAUUUUGUUUUUAUGUCGAAUUUAAUGUCCCCGGGAUAAUGUGUAAGGAGACAGAAACUACACAGAGUGCUAUGUUUAUAUGUUUAAUAAAUAAUCAAUGAAAAAAAAAUUUAACGUUUUAUAUUUAGAUUAUCAGGAGCAUCAAAUAAUUUACUUUUUUUUCCAUACAAGAUAGAUUAAUCCACUUUAUUUUGUAGUAAAACCGGCUUGAGUGGCAGCAGCCCCGAAUCUGACAAGUUAUUAGUAAAUAGAUCUGGCAUUAAAUAACAGAAUGGCGUAUCUGUGUAUGUGCACAGCGGAUAUACACAACAUAUAUACAUAUAAUAUGGAGAUUUAUUUUAUAUUAUAUACAAUAUUAUACGAUAUUAUAUUAUAUAUAUCUGAUAGCAUUAUAUCAUAACACAUAUCUAUCUACAUAGGUAUAUUCUUGUAAAUAUAUACUCUGUCUAUAAAUGUGUAUACACGUUCUAGUAUAUGCUGCUUUAGUGUGUAUAUUGAUAUGUGUGCACGCAUACAUCCAUGUCAGUAUAUCUAUAUAUAUUAUCAUCUUUAUUGUAUUUAUCGUAACGUAUUUUAUUAAUUGAAUAUUUUUGUUCUGAAUUCUGUACCUUAGGAAUGACUGUUUCCUAUAUUUAUAUUCUUAAUCACUUGUGUUAGACAAUAUAUGUAUGUUUGAGAAAUAGAGAUAGAUAGAUAGAUAUUUCCAAUGUAUGCAAUUAAUUAUUUCUUUUUAAUAAUCGUUUGGUCACUGUAUGUAUAAUUAUUUGUGCACUCUCUGCAUGCACAUCGUUACAUGGUAACACAUGCUGUCUCUAUUUUAAGUGUAUAUAUAAAUAUGUCCCAUAUCUGAUGAAGUCAGAAAGGCAUUAUUCUCUGUAUCUCGCUCUAUCUAUCUAUCUAUCUAUCUUAAUCUGGGUCUAGAUGCAGCUCUUAUAUGGCUCUAUAUGUAUUGUCUCACUCUAGAUUUUAUAUAUAUAUAUAUAUAUAUAUUUUUUUUAAAUCUAAUAUAUAUAUAUAUAUAUAUAUAUAUACCAAGUCUAUAUAUAGUCCUAUAGUUAUUAUCAAGACAAGGAUAUCUAUGUCUGUCUGUCUAUCUCUAGAAUCAGCUCUGGGUACUAUCUCUCUAGAGAUGUUCUUCUAACCAUGUUCUCCUUCUUGUUGUCCUUAAGGUCCAGUCCGGGGUCAGGGUAAGGAGUCUCCUGGGAAGGAUGAUGAGGUGAAGGGGAAGGAAGACUCCUAUCUCAUGGACAGUGACUUGGACUACAGCUCCGAUGACAACAUCUCGUGCCAGACGGCUCACAAGGAGGAGGACACCCCGGAGGAAGGUCCACAGAACCCCAACCCCACCACCAACACUUCCUCCAGCGGCAAGAACCGGCGGCGGAGAACCGCAUUCACCAGCGAGCAGCUCCUGGAGUUGGAGAAGGAGUUCCACUGCAAGAAGUACCUGUCCCUCACAGAGCGCUCUCAGAUCGCCCAUGCCCUCAAACUCAGCGAGGUCCAGGUCAAGAUCUGGUUCCAGAACCGCAGAGCCAAGUGGAAGAGGGUCAAGGCUGGCAAUGCUAACUCCAAAACCGGGGAACCCUCAAGGAACCCCAAAAUCGUGGUUCCCAUCCCAGUCCACGUCAGUAGGUUCGCCAUCAGAAGCCAACACCAGCAGCUGGAGCAGGCUAGACCCUGAGAUCCUGGAAAUUAUGGACUUGGAAUCUGAGCCAAGGGACACACUAACCAUUAGCCAUAGACAGGAGGCUGAGGCCACCGAUUUUACUCUAGACUUUCUGAAACAAAAAAAGGGACAGAAAACCACAGGGAACCCCUAAACUAUUUAUUAUGGGAAGAGGUCUGUGGGGACAGAGGGAACUUGGUGGCAGACACUGGGUGGUGUCAUCUUGCCUGGGACAAAAAAAAAAACCCAUAGACAGUAAGUGACCUCCAGAUGUUAUGGGAGAAAACCAAAACUAUUCCUCAGCUCUUCUCUGGGUCAUUAGAAUUUGGGGUGGGGGGACAGAAAGUCCCAAUUAUGGACAGACAAUCUAAAGAUGUCCUUGUUUGCUUCUUCAGCGCUUCAGAUUAUGUUGUGAUUAAUUUAUUUCAUGUCUCAUAUUUCUUCUAAUUUAUGAAAUUCGAAAAGAGAAAAAAAAAUCCUAAAAAAAAAAUCCAGUCUUGUGAAACUUAAUAAUGUCACUAAUAAAUAAUCCCAUGCGGCCAGUCUGGGAGAUUUUGGGUCAUUCCAGAAGGUAACAUGAAGGGGUUGUGGUAGGUCCUUGUUAAUCUCUUUCAAAACCCUCUUGAGACUCAUUUUGUCAAAUGUGAUCUGUGUGAUUUGGAGGGGGGAGUCACCAGAAGAUGGGCUGUGUGGGAUUUUAAUAGAGCAGGACAUGUGGGGUCUGUUGGACACGAA